AUGCCCCCAAGACGUGUUACACGCAGUACUGAGACUCCACGAGAUCAGACAUCCAAGCGACCGAGGGGACAUGAAGCACCACCACCAGUGGUGAACCCUACCGAUCCCCCGUGCAUAAGCCCCACUCCCAAGAUCCACGAGAGAUAUACAAAAGGAGAUUGUCGGUUGAUUUCCAGUGACGGCAUGAUAUUACUCAUCCCCCUCUAUCACAUACAGUCUAACAGUGUUGUUCUCCGAGAAGCUCUUCAUUUAAACCCCACCUACCCCUCAACACAAGAAACAACCUUCGAAUUCGAUGAUCCCACCAUAGAAACCUCUUCCAUCCUCAUCGAUUUUCUAGAUUAUAUCACCAACACUUCUCCUCCUUCUAAUCAUAAUCUUUCCGAUACUUCCUCCGGUACUCACAAUCACGGACGAUACAUAUCAGACGCGAAAGGGGAAGGUCUCGAUAAAGCAUACAACACUAUUCGAUUUUGUCAAAAAUGGGAUUGUCAACAUUUCCUUAAACGAAUCUUAAUCGAUUUGACAAUCUCUUUAUCAUGUUUAUGUCCUGAUUAUGGUUCGAAUUAUUAUGAUCCUCAAAGACUUUUCCUUAUCGGAGCUGAAUUUGAUGAUCCAUGUUUAUGUGCGACUGUCAUCCGAACUCAUCCAAAGUAUCUAGAAUGGUGUGAUCCUGCCAUUUACCCCAAGGAUCCGGAUACAUGGUGCGGAAACGAUAGAUUGAAAGAUGACGCUUUAUUUCCAACUUGUUGGGAAUAUCAAGAUUUCGAUCUCAAACCUCGUUACACGUACGCUUUGUUGGUAGCUACUAGAGGUUACUCCCCUUUACCAACGGAUGAUAAGUAUCCUAGAGGAGAUGAGUGGGAUGAUAUUUCUUACAAUUUUUUGAAGAUCCUUGAGGGGCAAUGA